CCCUCGUCUGCCAUGACACUGGGGAGUGUGUGGACCCCAUGAGAUCAGACCCCCACCCCUACACACCCACCUAGCUUCCCUUGAGGACACAGGAGGCAUCUGAGGAGGACAGGAGGUGUCUGCUGCUUCCAAGCAGUCCCAUCCAGGUGCCCGCUGGUGCAUUUCUGAGGUUCCCCCGGGGGGGUGCCAUGUCGCAGUACACCAUGAUGUCAUCGCAGCAGAGGAAGGCCCAGGCGGCUGCGAUCUGUCGAGAAGUCCGGGGCCCUUGCGAGGAUGUGAUGGACCUGGGGAGAAAGGUCAGUGCUCCUAAGGAGAUAAUGCUGGAGGAGCUGUCUCUGUCGUCCAACAGGGGCUCGCGUCUGUUCAAGAUGCGUCAGCGACGCUCGGAUAGGUACACCUUCGAGAGCGUCCAGAAUGAGGCUGCCUCUGUGACGCAGGCCGGAGUAGUGACGACAAGUAAAUGCAGCGAAACCAGCGAAGCUCCGCUCACUGCCCCAGAUGCGGAGACUUCGGCAGCCCAGUCAGCGAACAUCGCCCCAGGUUACGGAGCACCCCUGAAGGAUGUCCCACCAGAGAGGUUCAACAGCACAGCCGUCCCAAAGUCCUAUCAGUCCCCCUGGGAUCAGGCUGUGCUCAAAGACCCCUCCCUGGCUGACACUUUGAGCUCCAGUUAUCUCACCCCCGAACCCCAGACGGAGGUUCCAAUGUACAAGAGCUUUAACAGGGUUGCUACGCCGUUCGGCGGAUUUGACCGGGCCCCCACAGUGCCAGCUUUCAAAGCUCCAGAGCUGGACCUUCUUCUAGAAAAUUCCCCCCACCCGUGCCCAGAGCUUCUGAACACGGCGGCAAAGAGACCCACGUUCAACAGGUCGGCCCUGGGCUGGGUAGCUAACACCUCCCCCCCCACCGUGAUCCUGCAGCCCAUGACGAUCCCAGAGUCGGACGACCUCUGACGUGAUGAUGUGGCAUUGCCUUAAAGCCGUCACCACGGGUCUGUAGAGGUGUACCUCUAACUUAGCUACAAGACGUGAUCACUGAUAAGCUAAGAUGACUGGCCACCUCAGCAGAGUGAAGGUACCCUGAAUGCUUCUAGAUCAAAAGAACAGGGCGAAUUAAUUUGAUAAGACCUAAGGAUUUUGUGUAUAAACGUAAGAAGGCUUGUAAAUACAACUACAUCAUUACUGACAAGUGUUAACCCCGUGAUUUGCGUACUGCAUCAUUUUUAUUUAUUAACUAAUAAACAAGCAUCUCUGUGUUCUGUAAACUUAGUUUAACAGAUCUGCAUUUAACGUCCUAGAAUGGUGACUUUCCAUGGACUAAUGAAAAGGAUUAAAAAGUCAAUACACAAAUUAAAAGAGCCUGCUAAUCACUGA